AGGAGAGAGAGAAAGAAAGAGAAAGAAAGAGAGAGAGAGAGAAAAACAGCAACAACCGAUCACUGUGAGUCCCUUUCUGGACACCCACAUCAGUCUGGAGGAAGCCUGUGAUAUUUAACCAAAUGAUGGCCAGCCUAUCACUCCAAAGGCGAGACAUUGUUCGGGAAUGAGCAUCUCCUUUCUCCAGCUGAAGAGUGUAUGGCUUGAAUGAUUUAAUAACAGCUUCGAACAAACCUAGAUAAACCUACUUGAGCAUUGCUGGUAGAUUCAGCUGAAUAUUUAUCAACAUGAACCGUGCUUUUAGUAGGAAAAAAGAUAAGACCUGGAUGCAUUCACCUGAGGCUCUAACAAAACACUUUAUUCCCUACAACGUAAAGUUUCUGGGUAAUGCUGAAGUUGAACAACCAAAAGGUACUGAGGUGGUGAAGGAUGCUGUGCGGAAACUGAAGAAGAACAUCAGUCCACGAACAGCUCCAAAUACAAGCUUUGCAAGGCAUAUAAAGAAAUCUGAAGGUCAAAAAACACCCAAAGUUGAAUUGCAGAUCUCCAUCUAUGGGGUCAAAGUUCUGGAUUCCAAGUCAAAGGAAAUUCUGCAUAAUUGCCAGUUGCAUCGAAUAUCCUUCUGUGCUGACGACAAAACAGACAAGAGGAUAUUUACUUUUAUUUGCAAAGAUGCCGAAUCAAAUAAACAUAUGUGUUACGUGUUUGAUAGUGAAAAGUGUGCUGAAGAAAUAACUUUAACUAUCGGCCAAGCUUUUGACUUGGCCUACAAGAAGUUCCUGGAAUCGGGAGGAAAAGAUGUUGAAACAAGAAAACAGAUUGCCAAUUUGCAAAAGAGAAUUCAGGAGCUGGAAACGGAAAACAGUGAAUUGAAAAAGAAAGUUCAAGAACUGGAGGAUAAAGUCAAGGCCACUCAAACUCCUCAAUCACCACUGUUGCACAUCAGUUCCAGUAAACAACAGCAAUUAUGCCAAAGGCCGUCAACUCUCCUCUGGUCCCAUAACGUGGAGACUGUUUCAUUUCCCGAAAUAGCUUCUUUUACGCUUACCCCAACAAGUCCCUCUGGCUCCAGUUUAACAACGUGUCUGCUAACACCACCUCCACCCAAAAUCACUCUUCAGAGAGCAGUCAAUGGAUUCAGUAUUCCAAGACCUCGUGGAGGGAGUGUGGCAGUUAGAUCUCCAAGUACAGACCUUUUUGAUAUGGUUCCAUUUUCACCUGCGUCCCCUCUUUCACUGACCCCAUCCAGCAAUGGCACAGAGCUGCCCCCUUUACCUGUCAGAUCUGCCGAAAUCAGAAGAGACGUCUUUGGCGCUGAACCAUUUGAUCCUUUUAUCUCGGGCGGAGGAGACUUCCCACCAGACAUCCAGUCCAAAUUGGAUGAAAUGCAGGAGGGGUUCAAAAUGGGACUAACUCUAGAAGGCACUGUGUUCUCUCUUGACCCUCUGGACAGCAGAUGCUGAUAUUAAGGAACUGAAUUUUGUUUUCACGUUUGGAUCACAAAAUCACUUUUGAACAAAAAAUAGAACCAGUGAAGUGCCAAAAAAAAAAAAAAAUUCUCCAUGUUAUUUGGUAAUGCCUUUCUCAUAUGGGAUUUGCUUGGACUUGAUUCUGCUUGUGUUUUAUUGCUACACACUUUGGGAAGAUGAAGGAGAAUGUGCAGAAAGCACUGAAGAUUCAAGAAAUCACAUGGUUUUGGAUUGCACUUGAUCAUCUAAAGAGGGCAGUACUUUAUCUGUCCCUUGUGUUAUUGCAUUUUUGAAUUGCGUUCAUGUUUGUUUACCUGCAAAAACGUGGCAGCACCACACCACGCUUCAAUUUCAAAUAAGGUUUUGGCUGAGCAUUUUCAUCUAUUCGUGCAUUGUUUUAAUGAAUUGGUUCACGGUGUAAGAGCUUCUCCUCACAGUGUCAUGACCCAGUUUUCUCCAAUAUCAAACAUUCCCUACUGCAACGAUGUAAAAUAACCGAAGACGAUUUUAGAAUUUUUUUAAGAGUGCCACCCAAACAAAAUGCAAUUUGACGGCAAAAAUAUCCCGCUGGUAUUGGUGUGAGCUAAAAUUCUUAUUUUUAGAUAUCUAUACCUCCCUCACUGUCUCCACGAGUUUAAUUUUUAAACAUUUUUUUCUCAGUACUGUACUGAAUAUGGUACUUGGGUGUGAAAUUAUUUUGAUUUUUAAAAAAAAUUCCUUGUGGCUAUAUUUUAUGCUCUGCUUGGUCAGAUGAUAUAACUGGAUUAUAUGUUGCUGCUAAAAAAAAACACUAGAAAGAGACUAGUUAGGUUUACUCAUCGAUGUAUGGGAAUGUUAACUGUUUCUUGGAAUGCUAUAAGUUAAUUAUCAACAAGAGGAAGCAUGACUUGCCAAUUGUUUAAAAACAAUGUCUUUUCCUUCAACGUUAAGAAAGAGGAAAUCCCACAAUCGACAUAGAACUGGAAGGUGGCUGGUUUAAGUGAUCGGUGCAUGUCAAAUCCUCCACAUUGGUGUUUUGAUUUUGUGGGAAAGGUUACCUAAAAUUGGGGAACAGCUUCCACGCAAAUCGUUUCCAGUGGCAACAUUUCUCUAACUGUUCAUUCACUGGGUUUUUAAACAUGCCAAAUCCAAUGGCGCAAAUCAAUUCCAAAUAUUGGAAGCUAUCUCAUGAGGAGUUCUAGUGGUAACUGCAGUUACUUGUGGUCUUCCCAGAUGGCAUACUUUAUCAAUGAAAUGUAUCUUAAGUGUACUUCAUCUGAAAUGUAAUGCAGAUCUGUAUUGCUUGCUGUUGAGUACUGUGUAAGAGAAUUGUGUUAAAUGAAGAGAUGCAGAAUGCAGUGUGAAUCACUCCUAAGUCUGGUGUUACUCACUGAAUAAGAGCCUUUCUUCAACAAGAGAACAGUAUUUAGCUCUCGCUUCCACAGAUUAUUGUAAGCAAAUAUCUGCAUGCUUUACCAGUAUUUCAUAUAACUCUCUUCGCAACAUGGAGAAUCUAACAAGUCUUCCUAUUUCUAACUGAACAUAUAUCAAAUAGCAUUUUUCAUUUGAAGAUUAGUCACUCUAUGGUACACCUUAAUGCUUUAAAACAAAGUAUUUAUCAGUAACAUUUUUUCGUUAUAUUUAGCAGUAUUUGACUUAUGCAAUUUAUAUAUUGAGGGUGGUAUAGUGUACCACGUUUAUGUUAUACGUGACUUUUUAUUCGUCUGUUUCUUAAUUCCGUCUGUUUUUUAAUCGUAAAAUAAAUUGUGUUUCUCAAUAAGCAACUGUAUAGUCAAUGUUUGUCUUAGAUUUUAACACCAUAUACAAAGUUACUUUUACAUGAAUAAAGCUGACGUGUAAACAAAUGUGUUCCUUCCUUCUUUCGCUGCAACUGCGACUAAACAAUCCAAAUAGCGAUGAAUAUAUUUGUUUAUCUCAGAUAAAUGUUGGAUCAAAAAAGUUGGCGAGUUUACAAAAAUACUUUAUGCUUCUAUUAAUCCACUCCCAACACAAAAAAAUUGUGUAGGUUUACAAUUAAUCCAGUAUUUGCACCAGCAUCUGGUACAUUUAAAGACAAAUUUAAAAAUGUGCUGGACCAAAAAGUAUUAUUAUACAGACACAAAAAAUACUCACAUAGUUUUGAAAGAUGAAGGAACACAGACCUUUAUAAUAUUUGUAUAGCUUUGCAAUGUCUACCGGUUGUAAAAUUUGCAUUUAAUUUACAGUAUGUUUUUUUAAAUGUAGACCAACUCAUUCUGUUUAUUCACCUUCAGAGGCUUUGUCUGAUCACUUUUAUUUGUGAGUUCAAAAAUAAAAUGUAGUUUUCAAAUAUA